CUGGAAUUAUAAUUAGUAUCUAUGCAUGCAUUUGCAAUUUCGUUUGACCUUCCCAUUGCUCACAAUUUGAAUUUGUUCACACUGCAGAUGAGGAGACUGCUUCUCAACCUAAAAAGAGAGCUUGUUUGGGGACUGAGACAGCGAAAGAUGGCACAGUGUGGCGUGAAGAACAGGUGGGGACCUGUCUCCCUUUCACCCCAAUAGAGGCGUACGCUGCAGAUGGAGAGCCAACAGCUAAGGCCAGGAAAAGUAUCUUGAGUCGCCUUCAGAGCUUCCUGUGUUUCAUCACUCUUGACAUGCUUCAUAGCAUUCAAGAAUGGACUAUUCAACAUGCACAGCAAACGGAGGAUGUUCAUUGGUUCAUGGACCUCCCUGAACUAAUGGCAUUUAUUUCAAUUGUCAUCUUGCGGGGGGUUGCUAGGGUUCCAUCACUACGUGACUGCUGGUCAGCAAACCUGGGAAACCCACAGAUCAUUGGAACUAUGCCACGUAACCGCUUCCAAGACAUCAUGCAACACCUACGCUUUGAUGACAGGUCCACCCGCAGUGAUCGAGCAAAGACUGAUAAGUUCGCUGCAAUUUCCAGUGUGUGGGGAUCAUUUGUCACCAACUGCAUCACGUGCUACAACCCUGGUCUACAUAUCACCGUUGAUGAACAGCUCUUCCCAUCAAAGACUCGGUGCUGUUUCCUGCAGUAUAUUGCAAGUAAACCUGACAAGUUUGGGAUCAAGUUUUGGGUGGCCUGCGACCUAAAAUCCAAGUACAUUUGCAAUGUCCUCCCAUAUCUUGGCAAGGACCCCAAUCGUCCCAGUGGGGAGAGACUGUCUGAAAAUGUAGUGAUGAGGCUGAUGGAACCAUUCCUAGACAAGGGCAGAAAUGUUACCACGGACAAUUUCUUCACAUCGCUUUCACUUGCGCAAAAACUUCUUAGACGGAAAACCACCAUCCUCGGCACAGUCAACAAGAUUCGCCGGGAAAUUCCUCAAUCCGCUAGAUACACAGAUCGCAAUGAAUUCACCACUCAGGUGUUUUCAACCUCUGCUGCCACGCUGACGGCGUAUGCGGCCAAACGGAAGAAGACAGUCUAUAUUCUUAGCAGCAUGCACAGCGUGGUUCAGACUGAUAACACCACCAAAAGGAAGCCAAACACUGUCACCCUUUACAACACCACAAAGUGUGGCGUGGAUGUGAUGGACCAGAUGGUGCGGGAGUACACGGUCCGCAGAGGAACACGGCGCUGGCCAGUUGCCGUGUUCUAUAACAUGAUUGACAUGGCAGCACUGAAUGCACAUGUGCUGUAUCAAGCAUGCACCGGGACGCAGGAAAGACGGGUGGACUUCCUGGUGGAGCUUGCAAGAGAGUUGGCUAACUCUCAUAUGGCUGGGAAGAAGGCAAGAAAAGAACAGUCGCUUCAGACACAACCCUCCACACCUAGCCCUGGAAAAGAGCCACGUGUCAGUGCAGAUUACUGA